GGUCGUAGAAUUGUGGUGCGCGCCAUCAUUUUUUCGUUUUUGCGUUCUUAUGUGCGAUUCAUUUGAUUUAGUGCGUGAUUACCAGUGUGCAAACGAUUAGAAAUCAAAAAGCGUGAUGGAUUUCAAGUGUCCGGUUUGCGAUUUGUUCUUUGAAAAGCAAGAUGAUCUCGGGGAGCAUGUAAAGGAAGCGCACACAACAUUUUACUACGACAGUUAUCUGUUCGUACCGAUGGUGUUGAAUGACGUCGCCACGAUCGGCACAUCGGUAGGGGCGGUCACUAAUGCCACGACCGUUACGACUGGAGUUGAUGGAGUCGAGUCGACGGAUGGAUGUUGUUUCUGCUGCGACGAUGGAGCCGGUGGUGAAGGGGCCGGCGAGUGUGACUGCUGCGGGUGCGGGGACCUGUGCGGAUGCGGCGACUGCUUCGGCUGCGCCGGAAUUGCCAGCUGUGGAGGUCUGUGCAGUUGCCUCGAGUGUGGCGACGGAUGUGGACUGUGCAGCUGCGGAGAUUGUUGUGAUUGUGGGGAUUGCAUCGGUUGUGGGGAUUGCAUCGAUUGUGGGGAUUGCUGUUCCUGUUCGAUAAUGUGACCCACUUCCGAUAAGAUAACGGGAGCUUCCGUCCAUCCUAUCAGUCCAAAGUGUUGUAAUUUAUCCGACCUAUCAACUAAUUGUAUUUCCUCACUACUGGUGCCAAUCGGAAAACGAUUUUGAUUGAUCCGUGACAAGUGAUUCCUAAUGCCAUGCAGAUUGCUCUCAUUCGUCGGCGAAAUUAUAUAUAUCGCUAAUACAGGGCUGCCUUAAACUCCUCAGUACAGUGUUUACUAGUGUCUUGGAGAACUGAACAGACUUACUCAAUCGACCUUGUUAAUACUUGUGGAUCCCUCUUCUGGGAUAGUUUAGGGAUAUAAGCGCAUAUGGUUACGGUAGGGUAAAUGAUGUCUUCUAGAGAUAGAGAGAUAUUUGUUCGACUAAACUUAUGUUAAAACAAACGAAUUAAAUGUUCUAUGUUGUGUGUAUCGUCCUUAAGCCUAUUUCGAACAAACUGUUGUUUUUUUUUAAUGUGGAUCAUCAAUCAUGUGCCGGUUAUAAAUUGGUAAUUUUACACUGCCAAUAUAGCAAAGGGAACACAAUACGCUUAGUAAGCAAAAAGAAAUGACGAAAAAAUAC